AUGGAUGCUCUGUCAGUCUGCCGGCGCCCAGGGCAGGAGGCUUGCUGGCCCCGCCCGCGACCCGGCGGGAGAACGGGGCCGCCCCUUUCCUCACUUGCUGACGCUGGGCUGAGACCGGAGCCGAGAAACCGAGUUGGCUCUGAGCUCCCUGUUUGGCUUUUGGGCGGUGGCAGCCUGAGGAGGAACAUGGCGCUCGUAGGCAACGGAACAGAGUUGGAAGCGGACGAGGACAUCUUUGAAGAUGCCUUGGAAACUCUCUCUAUGCCUUCUCGCAUAGAUAUGGCAACAAGCAGCCAACACUGCUCGUCAUUUGAUACAAAACAGGCAUCUGGACAGCACCGAACAUCUGCUGUGAAAAGGUCACCGUCAACGAAGGUGGAUCUCAGGAGUUGCCUGGAAGAGUGUACAGUGGCCCUGAACUUAUUUCUAAGUAACAGAUUUACAGAUGCCUUAGAAUUGCUUCGACCAUGGGCUAAGGACAGCAUGUAUCAUGCCUUGGGCUACAGUACCAUUGUGGUGAUGCAGGCCGUCAUGACCUUUGAGCAACAGGACAUCCAGAAUGGCAUUUCUGCAAUGAAGGACGCCUUACAAACCUGCCAAAAAUACAGGAAAAAAUGUACAGUUGUAGAAUCUUUUUCCAGUCUUCUUUCUAGAGGAUCCUUGGACCAGCUGACUGAAGAGGAAAUGCAUGCUGAAAUCUGUUACGCUGAGUGCCUCCUACAGAAAGCAGCCCUCACGUUUGUACAGGAUGAAAAUAUGAUCAACUUCAUCAAAGGUGGACUCAAAAUUAGAACAAGUUACCAAAUAUAUAAAGAAUGUCUUUCUAUCCUGCAUGUAAUUCAGAAGAACAAAGGUGAACAGCAAUUCCUCAAUGAGUUUGAAGGGGGUGUCAAGCUUGGAAUAGGGGCCUUUAAUCUGAUGCUGUCCCUUUUACCAGCACGGAUUAUCAGACUACUAGAAUUUAUAGGAUUUUCUGGAAAUAGGGAAUUGGGCAUCCAGCAGCUACGGGAAGGUGCAUUAGGAAAAAGCAUGAGGUCUCCACUAUGCUGCCUAACUAUACUAGCUUUUCACACUUAUAUCUCCCUCAUACUUGGUACAGGAGAAGUGAAUGUUGUGGAAGCUGAGAGUCUCCUUGAACCCUACCUCCAGCAGUUUCCAAAUGGCUCCCUCAUGUUGUUUUAUCAUGGCCGGAUAGAGCUGCUGAAAGGGAAUGUAGAAGAGGCACAAGAGAUAUUUCGAAAAUGCAUUUCAGUUCAAGAAGAAUGGAAACAGUUUCACCAUCUCUGUUAUUGGGAGCUGAUGUGGAUUUUUGUAUUCCAACAAAACUGGAUGGAGGCGUAUUACUGUUCAGAUCUGCUUUGCAAAGAGAGUAAAUGGUCCAAGGCAACAUAUGUGUUCCUAAAAGCUGCAAUUUUGAGUAUGCUUCCAGAGGAUGAUGUGGAAGCAACUAAAGAAGAUGUGGUAACUUUAUUCAGGCAGGUGGAUGGCUUGAAGCAGAGAAUUGCAGGGAAAUCCAUCCCUACUGAGAAAUUUGCUGUGAGGAAGUCUCGGCGUUACUCUCCCUCGUUGCCUGCACCUGUGAAGCUUGUCUUGCCUGCCCUGGAAAUGAUGUAUGUCUGGAAUGGUUUUCCACUAGUGAGCAAAAGAAAAGACCUUUCUGAAAACCUUUUGGUAACUGUUGAAAAGGCUGAGGCAGCUCUGCAAAGUGAAGACUCCAGUGACUACUCCAUAGAUGACGAGUGCUUAGUGAAGUUGCUGAAAGGAUGCUGCCUGAAGAACUUACAGCGGCCACUGCAAGCAGAAUUAUGUUUCAAUCAUGUGAUCCAGAGUGAAAAGUUACUGAAGUAUGACCACUACCUAGUGCCGUUUACUCUGUUUGAGUUGGCAUUUUUGUAUAAAAACCAAGGGGAAAUUGACAAGGCCAUAAAGGUCCUAGAAACUGCAAGAAAUAACUACAAAGAUUACUCACUGGAGUCCAGACUACACUUCAGAAUUCAGGCAGCUCUUCACCUCUGGAGAAAAUCUUCCUCAGAUUGAUCGGAACAUGAAGGAUGGAAUUUUCUCUCAAUUAGUACUGGCAUCUGCUAUAGAGUAGACCUUAUAUUAAAGUGGAAGGGCGCUUUUGUGAAUGAGAGACAAAAAACGAAUUUUACUGUCAAUAUUUUCUAUCAUCUGUGUGCUUUACUUUUGGUCACAUAAGUGUCCCCCUCCCCCCAUGGAAUGAUCAGUAAUGUCUAGAAAACUCUUAUACUUUGCCUCUCCAAAAAGAAUUUCAUAUCAGAUUUGAAUCGGAGAGAAGAAAUCUUUUAAAGGACUCACAGGUACAAUAAAGUCUCAUUAGAUUAUUUAUUUUUUUAAUGUGGAAAUGAAUAUUGUUUAAGUAGCAAAUGACUCACAACCUGAGUCCUUUUUAGAUUUGUUGGUCAGUUAAACUUCCGAGAUAUUUUAUUGCCUGGUAUAUCAGUUUCCGAGGGGAAAUAAUCACCUACAUUCAAAAUAGCUUAAUAACCUUCUGAAGACUCUUGAAAAAGACAGACAAUGAGUGUGAACAGGGACAGGUAAUGUAGGCGGAAAAGACCUCUUUCUAGAAAAGAUGAUGAAAUGUUAUUGUUUUUUAUUCUUCGUGUAAGUUAAAGGUCAUGACAUUUUUGAGAGACUCUCCUGUUUUUGAAUGUACUUAAGUCAAUCAUUAUUAUAAUAAAAUUCAAAAACUCCAUGUAUCUAAAGGGAAGAAAAAGUUAUAUUUUAGAACUUAUCCUCAACCUUAACCACGAGAGCCUAAAAUAUAUAUGCUGAUUAUUUUUCUUAUAAAAUUGCUGCUGCUUUAAGUGAUAUGUAAAAUAUCGGUAAUUUUUACACUCAUAAUGUUGGUGUGUAAAGUCUAAUUUUCUAAUCUCUCUAGCGCUGUGUUGGUUCCUGGUAACCAUCUGGACUGUGCUUAGUCCUUUAAAAUUUGGAAACUUAGUCACAUGAGAGCCUGACUGCAGGUCCAGGCUCUGCUGUAGGUAGCAGUUACCAGGAUGAUCUUUAGGGAGUACCGUGCUGGCUCCCCUACUAUGUUUUCUUCAUCUGUGAAAUGGAAAAAGAACAGAUGACUUUCAAGGUCUCUUUCAGUUUUAUAACUGUGGGUCUGUGUCUUAGGUAUUUAUUCUCAGCGAACAAUGUUAGAAUGUUUAAUCCAAACCAUUUCCAUUUAGCGUGCGUUUUAUUUUACAAUCACCACGGCCUCCAUCCCCCCUCCCCCACUCUCCAUUCCAUCUGUGCAGCGGCUAAGGACAUGACUGCAUCUAUGAAUCGACGAAUCAGGGUUUUGUCUUAUUUCCAUUUUGAAGAAUAACUUGUCAUGGAAGCCUCUGCAGUUCAACAAAAACAGCCCCAGAAUGGCCCUCGGGAGCCCGUUUCUGCACGUUAACAGUUCCUCGACAUGGAGCAAGUCAUUGACCCUUUCUGGGACUCAGUUUCCCCAAUGGGGAUAGCAGCACAGCCUGGUGUUUAUGCGGGUUCAGUUAGAUAACGAAUAGGAUAGCUUUUUGUACACUGUGAAAAGCUGUAUGAAUAUGAGUCGUUGUGAUAGUUAAUGGUUUUUAUAUACAAAUGACGGUUAUCAAAACCAAAGUACUGGCCGGGUCUGUGCUCUCUGAUGUAAAAUGAAAGAAGCGUGGAAAUUCAAACAAGCUGAAAUGUAUUUGUGUAUUUGGCACUGACAGUAGCUCGCAUUAUGAAUUUGCUCCUUGCUGUUUAUUCCCUGCUAUACAAGCCUGUAUCCAGCAGGUAUUUGGUUUUGUUUUCUUUAAGGUACUGCUUCUUGGCCAAUACUGAGGAUGUAUUUCCAAUGGAAAAUGAUGACUAUAAUUCUAUUCGUAGUACCACCCCUUCAGAUAAUAUUGGUGGUUGAUUUUAUCAUGUGCUGUUAAAAUGAAUCAUAUAACUUUAGGUCCAGACAAAAGAGGAAAUAAAUUAAUUAUCAUUACAAUUAGUA